AUGAGCCUGCUGCCGUACUACACGGCGCAGAGCGCGGCCGUCGGGGGCUUGUUCUGCACCGCCAUGGGUAAGCUGCAGCGGCAGCUCCAGCGGGGCGAGUACGACCUCUUCAAGUAUGCACCCAUCUUUGAGAGCGACUUCAUCCAGAUCACCAAGAGGGGGGAGGUCAUCGACGUGCACAACCGGGUGCGCAUGGUCACCGUGGCCAUCGCCUGCACCAGCCCCCUCCUCCCGCUGCCCGACGUCAUGCUGCUGGCCCGCCCUGCCACUGCGGGCGAGGAAGACCGCAGCGGCCAGCACAAGGGCAAGGCGCGGCGCGCGGCCAGGGCCCUGGAGCUGACCCGGCUCCUGCCCCUCCGGUUCGUGCGGAUCUCCGUCCACGACGGUCAGAGGCAGCAGCUGCGGCUCAAGUUUGCCACCGGCCGCUCCUGCUACCUGCAACUGAGUCCCCCACUGCAGGCACCAAAUGACCUUUUCACCUACUGGGAGAAGCUCGUCCACCUGCUACGGCCACCCAUGGACUGUACCGGCAGCACUUACGCCAUCCCGGCCAGGGACCUGGACUCCGUCACCCUGCUGGAAGGAGAUGGACGCCAGAGCCCGGGGCUGGCUGCCCGCCGGGCCCGCCAGGCCCAGGACCAGGUGAGCAUCAGGAGCCUCCAGGGCGUCUCUGAUGUGGCUGGAGCCUCCUCUACGGGCUUUUUCGGUGGGGAGGGGGCCCAACAAGAUCCGCAGCAAGCCAUGAGGGGGCCCCAGGGAACUACUUCCAGCCGGAAGCCUGUGGAGCUGGACCAAGAGUCUGUGGAGGGGUCCCUGUCAGAGGACACAGCAGCCAUGGCCUUGGACGACCUGGACCGGCUCAGCAUGACCAGCCCCUGCACCACCAUCAAAGGCCGAGGGGGACACAAAACCACCCUCACAGGGACCGGAGACGUGUCCCUCAAGGGCUUGAGGCUGGCCAUGGCAGGGCCAGAACCUGACGGCCAGGCUGCAGAGGACACGCCAGGUAACACAGAAGGGCCUGGCGAAGAGCCCCUGUUCUCACCCCUGGCCCAGGGAGAGGAAGCGGAAGAUGCAGGCCAGGCCCCCCUUGGCAGCAGGAGCGGGCGGCGGGAGCAGGAGGACAAGGACAGUGGCCCACAGGGCAGCAGGCACCAGCGCCGGCUGUCUGAGAAGCGUCGCAAGGCGAGCAAGGACUCGGCCUCUUGGAAGCUGGUCAGCAGCCGCUCACUGACCAGCCGUUGGGGUGCCCGGAAAGACAAGAAGGAGCGAGGCCGCGGCAGCUCAGGGGGCAGCAAGUGGGGAGUCGUGCACAAAGGCAUCAGCCACGCCAUCGCCAAGGAGUCCAGGGUGGCUCACAAGUCCAGCCGGAGCCUGGCCACAAGCAGCGCGGGGGCCACCACCCGGCAGCUGGGCCGCAUUGGCACCUUCCUGCGGAGCCUCACUGCCCCGCGAGCCCGGGCCGGGGAGCUGCUGGCCACGCCCGCGGCAGAGGCUGGGGGCAUGGAGGCGCUCCCCGAGGCCCUGGAGCACGUGCCAGAGGAAACCGAGCUGGCCGCCAGCGUGGCCACCAGCGUCCCAGAGACAGCGGCCUUGGAAGCUCAUGCCUAG